UAUCAUCGAUGUAGAGUUGAAUAACCGCCAAUAAAAUUUAUCAUCGUAUAAUGUAAAAGAUUUUUUUUGUUUUUCCCAGCAUCACACCAUAGGAAAUUGGAUAAACCAUGGUGGUGAUUUGUACAAUCAAAGAUAUGCUUAUGGAGAAACGAAAAUUAGGCUUCAAAAUUGAGGCUAAAAUGGGAGUUUAAAGGGCCAACACCAAGUGUUGUGUUUGAUAGGGAUUUGUUGAUUGUUGGUGUUUAUGGACCAAGUUUGGUUCUUGGAUUGAAAAGAAGUAAUGGAAAUCUUGUUUGGAGUACAAAAUUGGAUCAACAUCCUGCUAGUGUUGUCACUAUGUCUGGGACAUACUUUAUCUUCAGAUCGCACUUGUGAAAUUUCAAUCGUUUUUUUUUGUUUUUAAUAGUUCCAUUUUGCAGUGCUUUUUACGUCAUCGCUAGAAGGAGGAGUUGAAAUCGAUGAAUGUUGUUACUUUCGCGGUAGCGUCCUCAAGUUAGAUGUUGUUACCGGAAAAAUUCUAUGGAAAACCUUCAUGUUGCCGGAGAACGGCGGAAAAAUGGGUGGUUAUUCUGGCGCUGCGGUAUGGGGAAGUAGUCCAUCCAUCGAUUCGGCGAAACCAUGUCUAUAUUGCUACCGGAAACCUCUACUCUGUUCCCAAACGCAUCGAAGAUUGCCAAAAGGAGCAGAACCAUACAGAUCCGACCCAACCCGACAAGUGCAUCGAGCCGGAGAACCACUCCGACUCGGUUAUGGCAUUGGAUCUGGAUUCCGGUGAGAUCAAAUGGUAUAAACAACUUGGAGGAUAUGAUGUGUGGUUUGUUGCAUGUGCAAAUUCGACAAACCCUAAUUGCCCAAUUGGCCCGAGCCCGGAUUAUGAUUUUGGGGAAGCUCCGAUGAUGCUUAGUGUGGUUGUUAAUGGAAGGAAGAAGGUAGACAUUGUAGCAGCUGUGCAGAAGAGUGGAAUCGCUUGGGCAUUGAAGCGUGAUAAUGGCAAACUCUUCUGGACUACGGAGGCUGGUCCUGGAGGUACAGGAGGAGGAGGUAUAUGGGGAGCAGCCACAGACAGAAAGAGGGUAUACACCGGCAUUGUCAACACCGGUGACUUAAACUACACACUGUAUCCAUCGACGAACAUCACAACAGGCGGAGCCUGGGUGGCAAUGGAUGCUCAAACCGGCAAAAUCUUAUGGACAACUGCAGUUCCAGACAAUGGUAGAUCAAACCCUGUUGCCAAUGGAGUCCUGUUAGCAGGUUCACAAAAUCCAAGAGGCCCCAUCUACGCUAUUAACGCGAAAACUGGGAAGAUAUUGUGGUCGAACAAGACUGGUGCAACUGUGUUUGGGGUAUGUCAGUGAGCAAUGGCUGUUUCUAUGUUGGUCAUGGUUAUAGAUCUGGUAUAGGAGUCUUUAAUCCCAAAAAUACUGGUGGAACUUCACUCUUUGCCUACUGUGUAUAUUGAAAUGCCAAAUGAUGUCCCACUAGUAACUUUGGCAAAAUAAUGAAGUACAUGUUUGUGUUACUAAUAGCAGUACUCACCUUGACUUACUCCGUCAAAUACUUGUCACCUCUCAUCAACACAAGUAUCAAACCGGAUACGUUAAAGAUAGUGAAAAUAACUUAAAAGAACUCAAAUGAGACCAUGAAACAACAUUACUUUGGCUUCUAACAAUCAAAAUUCAUUGUCAAUAUGAGUAAUGUUUUUCCAAAGUAAUAUCUCAAAGCUCAAAU